AUGGAUGAAUUUGCUGAAAAUAUUGAACUUAUUCGAGAUAGUAUCAUUUCUAUUGAAAGUUCAUCGUGGUAUACCAUCACAGAUGAUGAAAGAGCUGUACUAAUCGGACUUUUGGAGUUAGGAUACAUUAAUGAAACAAUGCUACCAUGGAACAGUGGUCGACCACUUCUGAUUAAAGUUUAUUGGAUGACUGGGGCUCACAAUGUUGCUCAACUUCUCGGCUUUGAAAUCUUACAUGAAACUUAA